UCGAGGAGCUGAAGAUGGGCAGACAUACUGUUCCUCAAACCAUGAUCAGUUAAGAAACUGUGAUAUUGGUAGAAGAGCUCAUUAAAAUGGCGAGAGACUUCACUACAACAAGUCUGAGCAACAUCGACCUCGCCUCUUUACGGGAUCCUGCGGGGAUAUUCGAGCUCAUAGAGGUGGUCGGCAAUGGGACCUAUGGACAAGUUUACAAGGGUCGACAUGUGAAAACAGGACAGCUGGCAGCGAUCAAGGUCAUGGACGUGACAGAGGAUGAGGAAGAUGAAAUCAAACUGGAGAUUAACAUGUUGAAAACUCAUUCCCAUCACAGGAACAUUGCCACAUAUUAUGGUGCUUUUGUCAAGAAAAGUCCUGCAGGUCAGGAUGACCAGCUUUGGCUGGUGAUGGAGUACUGUGGUGCUGGGUCAGUCACAGACCUGCUGAAGAAGACCAAAGGGAACUGCCUUAAGGAGGAUUGGAUCGCUUACAUCUGCAGAGAGGUUCUCAGAGGUCUGUUACACUUGCACUCGCAUCACGUGAUUCACCGAGACAUCAAAGGACAAAAUGUGCUUCUGACAGAGAACGCUGAGAUUAAACUGGUGGAUUUUGGUGUCAGUGCUCAGUUAGACAGGACGAUUGGAAGAAGAAACACAUUUAUCGGGACGCCAUAUUGGAUGGCGCCAGAAGUGAUAGCAUGUGAUGAAAACCCAGACUCAACAUAUGACUAUAGGAGUGAUGUGUGGUCUCUGGGUAUUACUGCUUUGGAGAUGGCAGAGGGAGUGCCACCCUUGUGUGAUAUGCAUCCAAUGAGAGCACUGUUUCUCAUUCCACGAAACCCUCCUCCCAAACUAAAGUCUAAGAAAUGGUCCAAAAAGUUUCAGACUUUUGUGGACAGUUGUCUGGUGAAGAACUACCUCCACAGGCCAUCUACAGAGACCCUCUUACGCCAUUCCUUUAUUAAAGACCUUCCCAAUGAACGACAAGUACGAAUCACACUCAAAGAUCAUCUGGACAGAACCAGGAAGAGGAGACAAGAGAAAGAUGGGAAGGAAUAUGAAUAUAGUGGAAGUGAAGAUGAAGACGAUGGUAUAAAUGAAGAAGAAGGUGAACCCAGCUCUAUAGUGAACCUUCCCGGAGAGUCCAUGCUAAGACGAGAGUUCCUGCGACUGCAGCAGGAGACGAACUCCCAAACGCAACUAAUCCAGCAAGUACACAAUCAAGACAACUACAAGAAACAACUGCUGGCUGACAGACAGAAGAGAAUCCAACAACAGCAGGAGGAACGACGACGCUUCGAAGACCAUCAGGAAAGGCUGUUACACGAGACUGGAGUCCAGUGGCCUGAGCUUCAGGAGAUGUUAUGGCAAGAAGAGACUGACCUUACUGAGAAAAGCAAAAGACAUCACAAAAAACAGCCUAAAGACAGUGAACAGCACAGGACUGAUGUUGAAUCUGCAUCUCCAAAUCUUUUCGAUGAGCAGGCUCAAGGCAGAAAAGCCCAGCGUACACUUCCCCGAGAUCAGUCACAGCUGCUGUUCCUCCAGCAUGACCACACACACCAGCAGAAAAGCAACAGAGCCACACCACAUGACGGGCUGGCAGGUAAACUGGAGUCCCUGGACACCCAUCUUGUGAAUCUGAAUAAUCUUGCUGUCAGGAUUCCUCAUGUUCAGUCCCGUCUGGGAUCAGGAAGUAACUCCAGUCCCUGCACUCCAGCGCUCCAGAGAGCUGUGAAACAGCCGAACAUGAACGUGUGUUCCAGUCAAGAGAUUCAUCACAGCAGCUCGAUGUCAGACGUUAACGCUCCUCUCUCUCCAACACUCGAUGAUGUCUUCUUUACCCCUGAUGAUCAACCACCAAAGAUUCCAGAACGAACAACAUCAAAAUUCAAAGAUGUCAUGGGCCAUCACAGAUAUGGAUCCAGCGGGGAUCGUCAGUCAGCUAUGGACAAUGCUGUCAAAAUGUUCUUCUCCAACAGCUCAACAAGCAGCUCACAGUCAGGUUACUGUGUUCUGGAUAAUCCAGCUCAUCCAAACAGAAACUCUCCUGGAGCAUCACCACAGAACCAGGGUUUGGGUACAAAGUCUCACUUCAGCCCAUUAAUGAAGCUUGCAGAAUAUUCUUCAUCCAGUGAUGAAGAUGAUGAGAAGAUGAGGUCUCCAUUGAGCAAUGGAAGGCCUGUGUUUUCCAGAGGGCAGACUAAUGAAAUCGUUCUUCAGCCUCAUCUCAAUGUAAAACAGCAGCAGCAGAGUGCAGCAAAGCCAACACAUAACGUAUAUCAGAGGCCUUCUGGUUCACAAUCUAGCGAUAACUACCAUCUGCCAGACCUCCUGCACAAAAGCCCCACACAUGAGCUGAGCUACCACCAGACCCCUACACACAGCUCCAGAGACAAACUUCUCAAUAACCAGCCAGGAAAAAGUGUGUCGUCUUCAUCUUCCUCAUUCUCACCUUUCAUUGACCCUCGUUUGCUUCAGAUUUCUCCACCUCUGAGUCCGCAGGGAUACGGCCAGCUGAAUGGCAGGUGUGAGCCAUGCAUUAGACAGCCUCACAGGAAGGGCUCAGUGGUGAACGUCAACCCCACCAACAUUCGGCCACAGAGUGACGCCCCAGAGAUUCGCAAAUAUAAAAAGAAGUUCAACGCUGAGAUCCUCUGUGCUAGUCUGUGGGGUGUGAAUUUGUUGGUGGGUACGGAGAAUGGCCUGUGGCUGCUGGACCGCAGUGGUCAGGGUAAAGUUUACUCUCUUAUCAGUCGCAGACGCUUCCAACAGAUGGACGUACUGGAGGGCCUCAAUGUACUCAUUACUAUAUCAGGUAAGAAAAACAAGCUGAGGCUGUACUACCUGUCCUGGUUGAGGAAUAAGAUCCUGCAUAAUGAUCCAGAGGUGGAAAAGAAACAGGGCUGGACCUCUGUAGGGGACCUGGAGGGAUGUGUCAGCUACAAAGUAGUUCGCUAUGAAAAAAUCAAGUUCCUGGUCAUCGCUUUGAGGAACGCUGUGGAGGUCUACGCUUGGGCUCCAAAGCCAUAUCACAAGUUCAUGGCUUUCAAAUCCUUCAGCUCCCUGCCACAGAAGCCCCUUUCCGUGGACCUGACGGUGGAGAAUGGACAGAGGUUAAAGGUCAUCUAUGGGUCUCACAAUGGUUUUCAUGCUAUUGAUGUGGACUCAGGGACUCCUUUUGAUCUGUACCUGCCCAGUCAUAUUCAAGGUUUGAUUCGGCCUCAUGCCAUCAUCAUCCUCCCCAGCAGCAGUGGGAUGGAGCUGUUGCUGUGUUACGAGGACGAGGGCGUCUAUAUUGACACCUAUGGCCGCAUCACCAAGGAGACGGUGCUGCAGUGGGGGGAGAUGCCCGCCUCUGUUGCUUACCUUCAGGCAAAUCAGGUGAUGGGAUGGGGAGAGAAAGCCAUUGAACUGAGAUCUGCCAAGACUGGGAGUCUGGAGGGAGUCUUCAUGCACAAAAAGGCUCAGAAGCUCAAGUUCCUGUGUGAAAGAAAUGAUAAAGUGUUUUUUGCUUCUGUCCAGUCUGGAGGCAGCAGUCAGAUCUACUUCAUGACAUUAGGACAGAACUCCCUCUUCAGCUGGUGAUCUGUGCCUUUCAUUACUCACUAAAGACUGUGUAUCACAUCCCUGCAAAUAGGGUUGAACAUGUAAACAUUUUCAUGGAAAGAUACAUAUGUAUACACAUAUAAUAUGAUUAAUACCUGUAAAAUACGUGAUUUAUUCUGUCUGACAGUGUCAGCAUGUGUUGUCUUGUUCUGCGCUUUAAAAUCCAAAACAAGGACUUUGUUUUGGGAAUAAUUUGAUUACUUUAUUUCUGUUCAUUUCAAAUGUUAAAUGAAAAACUUGAUUUUUUUUGUAGUCCUAAUACUUAAUUAUUUUAUUCUAUAAUAAUAAUAAUAACCAUGGCUGGUACACGGUUUGGUGUAAAACCGAUACUGAGAGCUAGUAAAUGAAUGACUAACUGUUGUACUAUUAUACAGUCCAAUAUUGUAGCAUGUUGUUCUGGAGGAGAAAUGGCAAUAUGAAGAAAUGAAAUGAUACAAUAACUCUGCACUUUCACCUUGACGUUUAGGGACUUUUCAGGUAAAUCAAUUGAAUAGUAAGUUACUUUAUUUUCUUUCUUUAUUAUAGCCUUAGACAUGCUAAACAUAACUAUACAACAAACAUAAACAUUAAUAAACGUUUUUUUAACCCAUUGGUUACAAGUCUUUUGCAUGCAGACUUAACAUUAUAGAAGUCUGAAUAUCAUUAAUUUCUAUAAUCUGCUGGUUUUUGUUUUAAAUCUUAUCAGCACAAUCAAGAAAAUCGAACCUGAGAACGUAUAGCCAUUCAUUUUUACAUGUUUUAUAGAUGACCGUUUUAGUUUAGAUUCUGUCACAGAAGAUUAGAUUUCUGGCACAGUUUAGUCGUGCUGUUCACACAAAAUUAGACACUUAAAUAUUUAGAGUUUCUUCGCUUCAUUGAAAUGUAAAAUAAACUUCACAACUGAUGCGAAAUGCUCCAGUUUGUUGCAAAAUGGCUGAGAUGGGUUUUGUUGAGAGAGCAGCUGUGCUUUAUGUGUUAUGGAAGGCUGAAAACAGCAUGGACUCGUUGAAAUCCAGCUGUGCCUGGAUACGGCCGCUACCAGAUCUGGCUCCUUAUGGCUAACAUGGUAAACAUUUUUACCAGUGUUCAGUUUUUCCAACUCGAGCGAUUCACAUGUUAAUUAGCCGUGUCGUGCACGAAUCGCAUCAUUUGUGUCGCCUUAUUCAUGUGAAUCUCGCCACAGGAUGUCUGUUGCGUGUUUAUAUUGACUUAAACGGUAUUGCACACUGAAUCAGAAAUUUUCGUCCAUAUUUUGUCACAUGUCAAAAAAUAAAUUCGACCUCGCUGUGUGGUUUUGACACACUGCUUCUGAAACUUUCCUCCGUCACAAAAUUUUUUUAUUAUGUUGAAUAAUGUAAGCGUUUUGAGAGGAUUUUUACCAAUUCAGGGUCCUCUUGCCAGCGAAAGGCGAAAUCCAAAAUGCUGUCGGAGAAACUGACUUUGGACACAAAAAGCUUUGGUGUGUGUGUGUAUCUGUCUGUGUUAAGGCUGAUUUAUACUUCUGCGUCGAGUGAUCGGUGUGACCCAUGGUGCCUGCCUUGCAGAAGUAUAAAUGCACGGCUAUGUGUGUGCUGUUUGUGUUGCUCUGCAAUAACAAUUCCAAAAUGCAAGCUGGCUGUAGGUUUUACAUUCCUCUGUGUCGAGUUUAUUUGCAGGUGUUUUGUUUUUUUCUGAAGGCUUCCUCAAUGUACAAGUAGCUCAAACUCCCUCAUUCAGAGGCGGGAACCGGCGACCACUAUGCGAUCUAUGCGAAGGCUGCACCGGAGCAUACGCGUGCGCUUGACCCAGAAGUAUAAAUCAGCCUAAAGUAUGGGAUAGACCCAAUAUUUUUUCUUUCGCAUUAGACUCUUUGAGCAAAGGUUUGUGUGUGUGUGAUGAAUUUUUCGGAUUUGAAUAGAAAAAAAACACAAUCAAAAAUUUCGGACUUCAGUGUGCAAAGAUAUUAAGGCUUCAUCCACAUCUGGUGUGAACGCACCAUUAGUUCCACAAGGUACAUUUGAGCUCAAGUUCAUAAACAUACCCAUAAUAAUUAUAAUAACGUAUUGGUACAGUUAAAUGCAAAAUUAUUAGCCCUCGUGUGACAUUUUAAUUACUUUUAAAAUAUUCUCCAAGUGAUGUU